GUGUACCAGCGACUUAUCAGUUGGGAGGCGGAGGGAGGCCAUGUUGGUCGGUUGCCAUGAUACGUCCGUUCUAGUUGCCGUAGUUCUGUGAGCUCCAGAGUCUGUACUGUAAUCAUCAAGUCGACAUCGUUGGCAGUCAGCGGCUGCUCGUUUACGGAAGCGCUGCCUCCCGUGUCGUCCCGGACGUCUUCUGUAAUUUGAAGGGCACCGGGAGCGGGCGUGCUGCUGCGGCUGCGUCUUUACACGCGGGAGGAGAAAACGAGUGUGUUUUCUAAAGACAUGUAGGCUGACUGACAGACCUCUCCUCGUUCAAACCCACCUGCUCCCCCCCACCCUCUCUCUGCCGUCACCCCCGCCGAGGAAGGAAGGAAGGAAGCAAGGGAGACGCUGAGAUGCCGAUGGUUUCAUCUGGGAGGCGGCUGAGAAGGAAAGUUUUUGGUUAGAAGAGAGCAAUUCGUAGGAAUCCACAUCUUUUCUAAUCGAUCGCUACAUCUGCAGGAACCGUUCAGCUGCAAAAAUCCUCAACAGAGUAGAACCCAAACAGAAAUCUUACAAAAUGGACCAAGAUAAUCUGAGCCAAAGCCAGACACAAGAAGACAACCCAAACAAAGGAGCAGAAGCUUCAGCAACAGCUUCACCUCCCGCAUCGGACACAGCAACUCCAGCCACUGAUCCCCCAGUCGGCCAACCUGCAGGUGCUGCCAGGCCUCGGCGGCCCCACAGGAGCGCCAGAGUAGAGGGCUCUAUUGACAUCUCCGAACCCAAAGUUCAGCCCAAACCGGAACCCGCUCCACAAGCUAACCAGGAUGAGAGCACUCCUGAUGGCGCUGUGGCAAGUCGUCACAAACCCUCUCGUCCGGCAGCAGUCAAACCUUUGGGCGAGCACAGAGGGCCCAGCGUUAAGAUCGGUCCUAAAGGCCACCCGGUCAGGGCUGCCUCAGUGCCCCACCCAACUGCCAGCAGGCCUGUGCCUCCUCACCUGAACCCUCAUGCUCAGAGAGCCCUCUCUGUGGCAGGUACAGCUGACACUCAGGCCCAGAUCAUGGAAGAUUUCAGGCUGCACAUCAUCACUUGGAAUGUGGGUUCAGCGCAGCCGCCUGAUGACAUCACUGCUUUGCUGGGGCUGAAUGUGGGUGAUGGGAACACAGAUAUGUACAUUAUCGGGCUGCAGGAAGUGAACUCUAUGAUUAACAAAAGACUGAAAGAUGUCCUCUUCACAGACCAGUGGAGCGAGGUCUGCAUGGAGAGACUCAGCCCCUUUGGAUAUGUGCUGGUGACAUCCCAGCGGAUGCAGGGGUUGUUACUGCUGGUCUUUGCCAAAUACUUCCAUCUGCCCUUCCUCCGUGGAGUCCAGACUGAGACCACACGCACAGGCCUGGGGGGUUACUGGGGGAAUAAAGGUGGAGUGAGUGCACGCAUGUCAGUGUUCGGCCAUACCAUCUGCUUCCUGAACUGCCACCUGCCGGCUCACAUGGAAAACUCGGAUCAGCGCAUGGAGGACUUUGAAAGCAUCCUGCAGCAGCAGCAGUUUGAGGGCCAGGCUGCCACUGGGGUUCUUGACCACGAUGUAGUGUUCUGGUUUGGUGAUCUCAAUUUCCGCAUUGAUGACCUGGAAAUGCAAGUGGUAAAAUCAGCCAUUGACAACAACAAGUAUUCCAUGUUGUGGGAAAAGGAUCAGCUGAACAUGGCUAAAGACAGUGAGACGGUGUUGGAAGGGUUCCAAGAGGGCCCGCUGAAAUUCUCUCCUACCUACAAGUUUGACGUUGGAACAAAUACAUAUGACACAAGUGGGAAGAAACGUAAACCAGCUUGGACUGAUCGGAUCCUGUGGCGCCUGAGAGCCACCGCACCUGCCGGUGCCGCUCUGAAUGCAGGGAAGCGUGGAUCCAUUUCAGGGCUGACCAGCGGGACCAAAGUGACCCAGCACUGUUACCGAAGUCACAUGGAGUACAUCGUCAGUGACCACAAACCAGUCUCCUCCAUCUUCACCCUGCAGUUCCCGUACAAGGUGGAUGUUCCCCUGGUCACACUCAUAGUGGAGGAUGAGUGGAACAGCAUUGCUGAUGCCACAGCUAUAUUCAAAGUGGCGCCCAACUAUUCCCGCAGCUCUUGGGACUGGAUCGGACUGUACAAGGUGGGUUUCAAGCACCACAAGGACUAUGUGGGAUAUGUGUGGGCCAAGCAGGAGGAGGCUGAUUUUCAACGACAAGAACAUCAGGUAACCUUUACUGAGGAGGAAUUGCCCAAAGGCUCAGGGGACUUUAUCUUGGGUUACUAUAGCAACAACAUGAGCACCAUUGUGGGUGUAACAGAGCCAUUUCAGAUCCAGCUUCCCACUACAGGUGGUGGCGUCAGUUCUUCAGACAGCUCUGACUUCAGUUCAGAAGAUGACAGCACUGUUGUCCUCAUGAAGAUGAGGUCCCGCAGUCCGAGUCCACGUAAGGGCAAACACCGCAGCCAUCGCAGCGGCAGCCAGAGUGGCAGCCGCAGUCGUAGCCGCAGCCGUUCCAGCAGUCCCGCACAGGCCAAAAUGAAGAAGCUCAACAUCACUGGUGUCCCUCCAUCAAGCACCGUGAUGGAGAGCGAGUCCACAGGAUGCUCAGCAGAGGGCAGCAGCAACCAGCAGUCUGGAGCUGCAGAGAAAGACAAAAACACAGAGGAUUCAGGGGUGUGAUGCACCAUGAAGUUGUGCUGUUGUCACAGGUCACAUAGCCAACUGUUGUGUCUUUUAUCAUUGUCAUCCACUCCACUGUAUGUUUUCUGUCAUGAAAACGUACAGUUUCUGAUGCCAUCCUUUUCAGGAAUAACCAUCUGGUUUGUCCAGGGGUUUACUUUGCCUUGAGUUGUUUUAUUAAGCUGUGCACAUUGUAUGCUUUUUAUUCAGAAACCUUUCACUCUGUCCUUCUAUCUUUGUCCGUUCUCAGGUGUGGACAGUACAGGGAGCUGACACCUUGCAUUAGGAAACACUCAAGGACUUCUGGUCAUGUAGAGUAAAAGAGUGGUUAACACUUUUUAGAAACCAUCUUCCCUAUUUUGCAACAGUGGUUUGAACCUCUGCACUGAUGUACCUAGCAGUCAUGUCAGCAGACUGCAUAUAAGCUUUUGCAACAAGGGUUGUGACAUUACUUGACACAGACAUUUCCCACGAAUCACCCACUCUUCACUGUAGUUGUGGAACAUAUUUCAUUCAAAGUCAUCCAUGAAGUCAUUGCCAGCUCUGUCAGCAAUCUCUCACAUUAUAAGUUUCUACAAAUGGAGAUAGCCAUGCAAUUUGACUUGGCGAUAUGGUUCUAACCUAGUGGACAUUCCCUGCUUUGGAAACUCAGCGCACAUCAACACAUGAUACAUAAUGUGCAGGGAGCAUUUCAAGUGAUCCACCAAUGGGAGCAAAAUUCCUCCAGGCUGCAUAAAAACAGAGCAGAACCAAAGUAGGUGGAGACUGGGAUUCAGGGGCUCAGCCACUAGCCAUGGCAGCAGCACAACACAUGUCAGUGUGGAGAGUGAGUGUGAGCGUAAAGUCCUUUAAAUAGACCGCCGUACCAGUGCAGUGGGAUGUGAUGGGUGUGGGAGGCUAGCUGUCAGCUGACACAGCAUUGCUGUCGUGCCAGAACUAGUUGAUUAAUUGUUGGCCACUGUUUUUGCUGGGCCAACUGCAGUGGUAACAACUACAGCAAUACCUGACCCAGCGCUAAUUGCUUUUACACACAUACCUUGAUGCGAGUUAAUAAGCCUUAUUUCAUGGUUGCUUUGCAUAGCAACAUGCUGUUAAUUAUACAAAUGCAUCCAUAACACAAAAAUCACCUUCUUGUUUGGAUUUAAUUUUUAAUACUACUUUUUUCAUGGUGCUUUCAACAUUAAAACCCCAAACAACAGUUUCAAUCUGAAUAUCUCAUGCAAAUGUGAGCAGGAACUCUACUAUGUAGAGUUAUUACAGGGAUUUGUAUUAUACUAUAGUUAGUAUGAUACAAAGCUGGCAUGUUCCAUGACAGUGAAAUAUCACAUCAAUAAUGUGAUAUUUCAUAUAAAUGAAAUGGUCCUAUAUAAUUGGUUAUUUUUCUUAUGAUUUGACUUUUGCGUUCUCCUCUUAGUUCAGAGUGUUUUGAUUUCCUCUCUUGCUCAGAUCCUCCGUUAAUGAUCCUGGUGAUUAGCUGACAGUGACGAUCGUCACAGUAGUCGUGUUACAUUGUUACUGUGUGACCUCUGAUCCACCAUCUUAGACACUUUGUACUUUUGGGCAUAGCAUAGGACAGUGUAUACUGUUGUGGCUGUAACCUCAGUGUGUAUAUCAGUAAUUAGUUUUUCUGUGUAUGUGUUUUUCUGGAAGGAUGCAUGUGUGUGUGUGUGUGUGUUUUGGAUGAUGGAGGUGUGUCUGUGUGUAACAAGCAGUGGCAGUGAAUGGAGUGUGACUGUGUUUGCAUGGUUUGCUGCUGGACAUACUGUACAUUCCGGUACUGUGGUUUUUGUGCCGUAAAGUGCUGUUUUUGACUCCUCUUUGUCAUAAUCGUGGCUGUGAAAAUUGUUAGAAAAACAUGGUAAGGACAGUAUAAAAAUUUAACUUCGGUGUAAACGUUAGGUGAAGAAAUGCAGGGUAGUUAUACUUGCAUAAAUCUGAAAUUGUUUGAAUCAUUUCAUAGUGCAUUCAUGUAUUUUCUUGGUUUUGAAAUCAAAAAUCUACUGGACCUUUGUUUAAAAUAACACGUUUAAAAAAAGAUUGUGGUACUUUAGAUCAUUUAGAUACAUAUGUUUGGUACUGCAGUCAUGACCAGUGUCUAUCUAUUGUGAAAUGUUGAUGAAAAGAAAUGUCUACAGAAUGUUAUUGUUUUGUAAUUAUGUGGCUAAAAUAGAAGAAAAUGUAUGUAAAGGACAAAUAUUAAGUAUAGUAGAAAAUAUCAAAUAGACAAUCUAUGCCACAAAGAUUAUUUUACUUAAAUUAUGUAUUUAUUUUCUUAUUUAACUGUUAAAUGAGCCUGAAUUCUGCUGGCCAGUGAGGGAGCAUUAUUCCAAUGGGAAUGUCAAAAUAUAUCACAGAAUAUUGAGAAUUAUUUUCUUUUCUAUUAGGAGCUAUGAUGAGAGAUGGUGAUUUCUCCUGUUUCCAUCUUAAUAAAUUCAGAUGUUGCUUUUAUUGUGAGAAGUGUAGAUUGUUUAGUCUACAGGUGUUUGUAUAAUUGUGAGUGAUGUUACAAAAAAUAUAGCAAGACUGUGUGAUACUGAUUUGUGGCCUAUUAUGAGGAUGAUUUAACUCUGUGGAAUCAUCUGAUUAGAUAAGCAAGAAGGUUGUUUGAGGGGUGCUUGCUUUGUUCUCCAACCCAAAAACUAGUGCAACACUGUCCAAAGAAAUAAUAUAUUCCCUUUCAAAUUGUG